AUGAACCACGGGAAACAACCAUCCAAACAGGGGGUAAAACAAGAUACUGCUAUGGAUGUCUAUGAUAUCCAAUUCUCCAUCUUUACUAGGCUUCCACUUAAAUCUUUGUUACGCUUUCAAUCUGUUUCUAAGCCAUGGAAUGCUAUAAUAUCCGACAUCAAGAAAUCCAAAGAAACGAGUCCCAAAAAUCUCUUAUUGGUACAUUUGAAUGAUGGUCUAUUCGAGUUUAGAGACUUGGAAAGUCCCCAAAUUGUAAUAGGGAACCGACAGUUUCCUCUAAAGAGAUUUCUAUAUCCUACAACCUUGUGCUCGUGUGAUUGUUUGGUACUAAUGAAGACACCUAUGGAUUAUAACGAGUAUGCUUUGUGGAAUCCUUAUACCAAUGAAUAUCGAACCUUUGUAUGUCCAUAUCAGAAUGGGAUGAGUACUCCACAUGGCUGUGGAUUGUGUUAUGAUUCUAGUGACGAUGACUACAAGGUUAUAUUGAUUUACAGUUCUUUUUGUGUAGUCUAUCAUGUAAAGAGGAACUACUGGACGAAGAAAACAAUUGUCUCUAGUAGAGUAGGAUCACUUAAUGUAAGGCCAUGGGAGUGUAUUCCGGGGAUUAGUGUUGACGGUUGUGUGUUUUGGUCCUUGGGUUUUUUGGGAAUUAACCAAUUAUUACGUAGAAUGUCUAUGAUUAUAUACUUUGACGUGAAGUCAGAUGAAUUUAAGGAGCUUCCGGAACCUGAUUUUAUAGGUUUACGUCAAUCGUUUCGUUUGACUUCUUUGAAAGGUUGUGUUGGUUUAUAUGGUGGCAGCACCUAUGAAUUAGAUAUUUGGAUCAUGGAACAAGGUUUGAUUUCUCCGAAAGGUCGUGUUGGUUUGUAUGGUGACCGAACCUAUGGCAAAGAAUUGGAUGGAUCAUGA